AUGAUGGUAGAACCUGUGAAUGCUGUCUGUCCUCCAUCGACGCCUCAGACGAAUUCCAGCACUUCAUCUGUCACGGCUGGCAUUGGAAUCCUGUUGCAUAGGACGAGCAAGGGAACGUUUGUGAUCAGGGGUGUACAGCCAGGAAGCGUCGCAUACUCCUCCGGCAAAGUGAAAGCAGGAGACAUUCUCCUCUCCAUCGACGGGAAGCCGAUACAAGGGAAACCCAUCGAGUAUGUCUCCAGCAUAGUCCAAGGGCCUCCCAGGACUUCAGUGGUUCUCGGGCUUCAGCAUGCCUUCGGGAAAGUGCAAGUGCCGCUCGUGCGAGGAAGUGGCGCCGUCAGCUCGGGUCUGCCACACGAGCUAUCUGACCUUUCGUCACCAACAAGCCCCAGCUACAAGCCUAGCCCGCGGCUCCUGGCACUUGCUUCACCCAAGAUUCACUCUCCAAAAGCGCAUGCCGGUGAGGAAUCGCCGUCGUCUGGAAAGAAGAGACGAAAGAAGAACGACCAGGAGGAGUCUUGUGCGAGAACUCUGCAAAGCGAGGAAGUGAAGGCAGACCGCAUCAAUGUCAUGUAUGCUCUCAAACAAAUUAGUCAAGCUUGCGACGGUGAGGUGAAGCCGAGCAUGAUUCAGUGGCUCACAGAGAUCGGAUCGCCGACGCAAAAACAAGUCAACGAAUGCAUCAUAGCACUGCAACAAGACUUUCAGCGUCAAGGCGGAGAAUUGAAACGGAUCGAGCAAAGCUGCGAUGUAGAGCAAAGCGAAAAAGCGCACGAUACCGACGAAUUUGUUGACAAAGGGGAAUUGUCAGUCAAUACUUGGCGAGCAUUGAAGUCGAUGCCCCUUGACACAGAGUUUUUGUAUCAAGAUGUGACAGAAUCAGACAAGAUGAUUGCAUCCCAAGAUAGUUUGCGUGAGAGCUUUCCGAGGUCGGUCAACAUAUUUCUCAGUGGAAUCAAAGCUGAAGAUGUUGUCUUCUCUGACGAUUCAAGUUCGAAGGAAACAGUUAAAUCUUCUCCCAAUGUGUGGAAACUCGUCCGAGAGUUGCCGACCAUUGAUGACCAUGACGUCUCCAGCUCCAUGAUAGCUUCAAUCGCGAAAGAAGCUUUUGAUUUCCCGUCCUUGCACGUAGAGAGCGAAGAAAUGAUGAGCGUGAAGCCAAGCGUAGAGGAGGUUUCAGCUGCCAAGGAAGAGGACAAUGAAAACGGAACGAGAGACUCACUGGUGACCAAGCAAGGAAGCAUGAUCGUAGAGCAUUUAGGGAAUCGUUCAACGGUUACAACGAGCAGCGAAGUUCAUGCGCGUGGCAGCGGGCUAGAGAGGCUGCGGUUCUUGGCGGGUCAGCCGCUGGACCAUGCAGGGAAUGAGGAGGAGAAGCAGGAGCCAGUGAGAUCGCCUGAGAGCGACACGAUGCAGAUGAAGAACCUCUGGACGUCUCUCAAGCAGAUUCCUAUCAUCAUGGACGACUACUCUCUCUCCGUCACACCAAAGGACCCCAGCAGCGACAACGGAUUCUCUGACUUGUGCGCAUCCGUGGACCCUUUCUUUGCUCGUCAGUCCUCGAGCUUAGCUUCCGAGUCCUCCCAGGAUUUCGCCUCAAUCGAUCAAGGGGCUAGCGUAGAGGCGUCUGCAGCAGGGACUGAGGAGGAAGCGGAGAAGCCGGAGAACAUAUCCAUGGAGCCCUGCGAGGUCUCUGCGAUCCCUCCCGUCGCUUCCCCUACCGAUUCCCCAAAAGCUCCGAACACGCCGAAGUCAAACAGGAAAGACGGAAAGAAGAAGUAA